GGGAUGCUGGAGAAUUGAUCUCUGACGCGCAGGAGACAAAGACUGGCAGCAGCAGGAGCUCGCGCACAGCAAGGACCCAAAAACACACACCAGCUGAAAGUCCCUGUAUUUUCUAUUAUUUUUUUUAGGUGCGCGCGCUGAGAGCUGCUUUGGGGCUUUUUGCAUUGUAGUGAGGGCGAUGAACAAAAACCAAACUUUACAUUAGCCCGCUGUUCCCUUGUGUCUAAGUGUGGACAGUGGACGCUGCUGCUGAUGAUGAUGGGAUUGAGAAAGACAGUGGUAGUCCCGGGGCACGAGCUCUUGCUCCUUGUACUCGCGUGCGCGCUGUUCAGGUCCGUUAGCGCGCGGAGCUGCACUGAGUCGCGGCGCGCUUACGGGGAGCGGGGCUACAGCGCGAGCGCUGCACCUCUCAACGCCAUGUCCGGUGAACACUUGCGUUUCUGUCCUCGUGAUUACACGUGCUGCACAAGUGUGAUGGAAGAAACGCUGGUGCAUCAAAGUGAAGCUGAUUUCCUGUCUUCUGUUGAGGAGACCAGCCAGUUCCUGCUGACAAGCUUCACCCACACACACCGCCGUUUUGAUGAGUUUUUUCGUGAGCUAAUCGGUGUAUCAGAAAAGUCAAUGAAUCAGAUGUUCACUAAGACGUAUGGACGCCUGUACACACAGAACACUCGCCUCUUCCAACAACUGUUCAAGCAGCUGAGGCAAUACUAUACAGAUGGUGGUGUGCAUGUAUCAGAAUCGGUGUCAGAUUUCUGGACGGAGUUGGUAGAGCGGGUGUUCACUCUGCUGAACCCUCACUAUCACUUCAGUGUGGAUUAUCUCGAAUGUGUUAGCAAACACACUCAACAUCUACAGCCGUUUGGAGAACUGCAGCGCAAACUCAGCACACAGUUGUCUCGUGCUUUAAUUGCUGCAAGAGCUUUAGUGCUGGGCCUCUAUUCAGGCAGAGACAUUGUUAACAAAGCCAUUAAGUUUAGUGUAAGUACAGACUGUGGUAAGGCCUUGAUGCGUCAGAUGUACUGCCCUCUUUGCGGUGGGAUUCCCUCGCUUCGAUCCUGCCACCCACUAUGCCUCAACGUUAUGAAGGGCUGUCUUGCUAAUCAUGCAGAGCUUAACUCGGAGUGGAACCGUUUCAUUGAUUCUCUCCUUUCCCUGGCUGAGAGACUCAAUGGACCAUUUAAUGUGGAACUGGCUGCUGAUUCUGUAGCUGUGAAAAUCUCUGAAGCCAUCAUGCACCUGCAAGAGAACAGCAUUAGCAUCUCCACCAAGGUGUUUCAGGGUUGUGGGAAUCCCCGUCCGGCCCCCAGUAAAAGCAAACGCUCACCAAAAGAACGAGAGAAAGAGCGUAAGACUGACAGGGAGCGAGACAGCAGGAGGACAUUCAGGACAUUCAGUCCAGAGGAAAAGCCAACAACUGCUGCAGGAACCAAUAUGGACCGGCUGGUGUUGGAUCUGCAGCAGCGUCUGAGGCCGAUGAGGGAGUUCUGGGUAAUGCUUCCCCACUCGCUCUGUAAUGAAGACAAAAUGGCUGCGGAUGUGACCAACGAGGAGCGCUGUUGGAAUGGAUACACUCGUGGAAGAUAUCUGCUGAGUGUAACGGCUGAUGGCUUGGUGAAUCAGCUGAACAACCCGGAAGUGGACGUUGAAGGUUCUCCGGACAUCAGAACCCGUCAGAUCCUCAUGGAGCUCCGAGUGGCAACGCACCGCCUCACACUCGCACACCAAGGAGUGGACGCAGACACGGUGCAAAGUGAUGAUGAGGACGGUAGUGGAUCCGGAUUGGUUGACAGGGAGGAUCUCUACAGGAACGAUUGGCCCAGUUCGCCACAAAACCCUGCCCACCCUUACAAGCCACGCCCUCGAGACAGGAGUCGAGCUAAUGGCUCGGUUGGAUCAGCCGUCCAGAGAACAUUGUCUAUUUCUUUCUUCUCUCUGUACAUCUCUUUGCUGCUUUCACUUACUCUUCAGUGGAGAAAAUAAGCUGAUGCAGUUAGCAUUUACAUGGUGAAGUAAUGUCAUUUCCACAUGCAGACAGACUGAAAUACAGGCUGAAAGUCAGACAUAAAGAGGGAGAAAUACUGAGAGAAAGAGAAAGAGAGAGAGAAACUGAAAGAAGGCGUUGCUGAUAAUCUCACACUGGCUUAGUGUGAUUUAAUUGUGUGUGUGUGUUAUAUGUUGGUGAAUGUUUACACUUUAUGUGCAUUUGAUACUCAUUUUACAUAAAGUUUUGGUGAACCAAUCCAGUAUCCACAAUCUUAAACGGCACUUGCCAAUCAGUCGGAAAUAGAGUCGAAAGUACACAGUGACCUUUUGCUGUUCCAAAGGUUUCCGGAUCGAAACAUUGCACCAUGGUCGCAACACUACAGUCUGACUCAUUAGGCUUUAGCUAAGUUAUCUAACUAUAAAAUUAUUUAACCAGGCUAAGAAAUUGUCAGGCUAGAUUUAGAUUGAAAUAUGAUAUGCACACAAAAUAUUUUUAAUCUCUGAGCACAAAUUCUCUAGGCCUAAUAAAAGGACAUUUCUUGCAAUUAAGAAAAAAAAAAAUAGUUUACCCCUUCAAGAAAAUUAUAUGGAUGAUGGUGAGGUAUCUGAUAGCCAGCAGGAUCGGUUUGAUGCUUUUUAAACAUUUAUGUUGAAAUUUCCUGAAAUGCCUUUAGAGGUUAUGAAUUGGAAGGAUACUUCUGGAAAAAUAGGACUAAUCAGAAAGUGGAAGUCACUGUUCUUCUCCAGUAAGCCUUAGUGAAUGUUAAAGCUGAAUGUGUGGGUUUGCAUGGCCACAUGGUAGAACUCCAUUUUAUCGUAAGGUGUAGGAUUACAGUUUAAAUAGUUUGAUCCCUGAGGUGGCUGCAGACUUGUAUUCAUUUUUGUAUGUAUGUAUGUGUGUAUGUAUUUAUUUGUUUGUUGUGUCUAUAUAUUUAUUUAUUUGUUUAUUUAUUUAUUUAUGAAUGGUGCAAAAUCCUUAUGUUUUAUAUGUUGAGUAUCUGAGCUGUACAGUUUCCUAAAUGUUUCUUUUUAGAACAAACCAAUCCGACUUUUUUUUAUAAUGGAAUUUUGUAUGGAAACUCCUAAUAAACAACAGCCUGU